AUGCAACCUUUAGUCACGGAAAACGUACUCAUCCGCGGCACGCGAAUCGCCUAUGGCAUCUACGGAGAACCAACCGGAGAACCCGUGGUCUUACUCCACGGGACACCAUCCAGCUCUCUCAUCUGGCGAAACGUCGUGCCUCAACUCACAAGCGCCCACUACAGAGUCCAUGUCUUCGACUGGCUUGGCUACGGGGUCUCCGAACGCCCCUGGGAUCCGUCCAUUGAUACCUCGAUUUCGGGCCAGGUGCCGAUCCUAGAGGGGUUACUGGCGCACUGGGGUCUGGAAUCAGCCCAUGUCGUAGCUCAUGAUAUUGGCGGAGGGAUCGCACAGCGCUUCGCCAUUUUCUCGCCGCAGAGGAUUCGUUCGCUGACGCUUGUGGAUGUGGUCAGUUUCGACAGUUAUCCGUCUGCGAGAACGAAGAAGCAGAUGGAGGACGGGCUGGAGACCCUAAUUCGGGCGCCUGACGCAAGACAUCGCGAGCAUUACCGGGGUUGGUUGCGGUCUGCUGUGCACAAACGGGAGCAGUUCGAGAGUUCGAGUCUUGAUAUCUUUUUGGGGUAUAUUUCUGGGCCCGUCGGGCAGGCUAGUCUCUACCAGCAUCAGGUCCGGUUCUAUGACCCCCAGCAUACGCUGGAGAUUGCCGACCGGCUGGGUGAGCUAGGGAAACUGCCAGUUAAGCUGAUCUGGGGUGUAAAUGAUGGGUGGCAGGUUCCUGAUUGGGCCCAUAUAUUGCAUGAAGCUAUUCCUGGGUCAGAAUUGGAGUUUAUUGAGGAUUGCGGGCACUUUUCUCCGGAGGAUCAGCCAGAAAAGCUUGCGAAGUCCCUGGUCACGUUCCUGAAGGGGCAUUCAUAG